GUGAUUGGUGAGCUCCUAACUUGUCUCUUCUCAAGUAAUCCAGUGCUUUUGGAAUUCUCAAGAUGGAUUGGAUGAAGUCUUAAACAUGAACAUAUCCGUGUAUUUUAAGAUAAAUUGUUUCCCAAAUUUAGUGUACUAAUCAUAAAGGAUUUUAGAUAAAACACAUGGAAACUUGAUGUAUUUUGUUCCCUGUGUUUGCAAUUGUUGUAGCAAUGGAAAGUUUUGAUAGCCACUGGUUAUUGAUCUAUCCCACCUGACAUCACUCCUUCUGUUCCUGUUAGUGGGGGGUUAUGAUGAAAAAUGGUGGACAAAUUUAAUGUUUUUAGUUUUAAACCAUCUAAAAAAAGGUUUAAUUUGGGGGAUAAAUUAUUUAUACUGUGUAUGUUAUAAUUGCAUUCUUACUCAAUAUAGUACCCUGCAUUCAAAGGCCCAGGCUUCAUCCAUGUGUGCAGUUGGGAAUGUUUGCUAGUAUGUUCAAUACUUAGUAUAUUGUAUUUUCAUACGUGUGUAUAAUAUUUGACUAUGGAGAAAUGUCCUUUUCCUGCAGAAAAGCAUGUUAACAAAACUAGGGUCAAAGAAUUUUGGUCUAGAUAGCCUUUGCAGUGCACCUCACCAAAUAAAUCAUGCAUAAUGGCUUUAAAAUUUACAUUUAAAUGCAUGCAUCUGGUGGAUGGAAGAGAUUGUUGCUUUUUAAACUCUAUUUUAGUACUUUGUGUAACUGAAGCAUAGUUCUGUGUGUCUGGUGAAAAAUCUUUAUGGUGUAGCUCAUAGAGAAUAGUGUUUUAUUAUGUGAAAAUUUGUUGUUUAGCUUGUUCCCAAAGGUGAUUUCUUAGAAUAUCUAUGAGAUAGGUAAAACGAACAAGUACUCCAUAAUCAGUAAACAGAAAAAAUCUUGCUGGUUCUGUCUCAACAUCCCAAAAGAGUUACUAAAGAACAACAGUAAAGGAAAAGACAUUUUCCUUUGAGCUGGUGUGCUAGACUUGGUAUUGUCAAUACUUUCCUGGAAUAACAAAUUUCUGUCCCUAGAAAAUGCAUAUAAGUUUACAUAUUACAUAAAGACACGUAUUCAAAGGGCCUUUUUUCAGGUAGUACUGCUUUUGGAGAGAUUUUAAAUCCAGGAGGGCAUGAGUCAAAAGCAGUUAUUCUGUAACUUGCUUCUCAACAGCCAGUGCAUUUAGACUCCAUUUCUUCAGCUGGUGACUAAGAACCUCAGACACCCUGAGGAAAGACAGUUCUCCUUGUUUAGCCAGAAAAAGCAGUCUGGAGUAGGAUUUUCAGACUUUUAUUACAGCUGCAGAAUAAAGAUGAGAAAUCAGUGUUCCAAGUAAGUGGUUUUACAGUCACAGCACUGUAGAAUCUAAUGCAUUAUGUGCUAAGGGAGGAAAAAAUGUAAGAAACAGCUAAUAAGGUUAAAUAUAUUUCUCUUUUGGCUUUUUAGCAGUCUUACUUCCUGUGCUGCAUUACCCUGAUCAGCUCUAAUAUGUGCAGAACAAUAACAAAUGUCAAUGUAUAUUGCCCCCCACCUCUCCUCCAUUGUUUAUACAUUGGAAUUUUUUUGUUCCAGUUUUCCUAUAGACCACUGCAGGCUCCAUGUCUUCCUUUGGAUUAAGCAUGCUGCUGUGAUUUGCAUGCAUGAAGAAAAUCUAACUGAAUUUUCCAUUUUUAUUGAAAAUAUGAAAAAAUCGUUAUGUAUUGUCCUCUGGGAAAUAACUGCAGCAUUUGAAUAGUGCUUAGAAUUACAUCAAAGAUUGCAAGUGUAUGUGUGGGAGGAAUGGCAUAGCUAUGCUUUAGAAAAAUUACUUGGUUUGAGAGUAUUUUGUAUUGCUUUUUUUUAAUGUUUGAACUACCACAUUGCUAUUUGCUUUUGACGGAGGAUGUUAGCUUUCGAAAUGAAGAUUUUUACCAGUUAAGCAUAAUAUGCAUUUAAUUAUCUACUUUCCCAGUUUUUGUACUAUUUUAACCCAUUUGUGUAUUUGCACUGGCAAUACGUUUUUCUGUUUUAAAGAAAAAUUUAUCUGCUGAUAAUGUAUAUGGCUUUAUGCCAAGAAAAGGAUAUUUGCUCCUUUUAUUUAAUGCAGGAAGACAAGUAGUCCUUUUGCUUUUCACUCAUAGAAUUCUGAAGCUUCUUUAGAUGGUGUAAGGAGAAGUCUUACUGGUUUUGUGUCUACUUAAGUAAUCCAUUAAAUGCUUGCUGCUGUUUAGGAGGAAAAAUACAUCGAUGUUGAAAACUGCAGCUUUACUAAAAGUAAUAUCAGCAGGAAUGUGAAAAGAGGGAUUAAGUGAUUUAAACACCCACAUUUUAAAAACAUUCAGAAAUAAUAAUUUCCAAGUGUUGACCCCUGUAUGAUGUGAUAUCCCAUUAUUUCCAGAUGAAUAUACAUUGCUUCUGUCACUUGGGGAAUGUUGCUUCAUUUUUCACUUUUUCUCCCACAUACAUUGUUGUGUUAUUCUGUUCUCAUUCUCACAUUUGCAAAUUCCAACUGUCCUUUCCCAUUUUUAACCCUGAUGGGGGGCUGAGCCAAGUCUUAGUUGGUCUUCUAAAGCACUGUAACUUAACACAGCUGUACUGUCUGAGAGUCCCUGUAACCCGUGAACCUCUUGGCUGAUUUCAGACAGCAGUGAGAGCUGUUUUAAGUUGCUGUAUGUUUUAUGAAAAUGAGUGGCCCAUUUAAAGGCAAGUGAUCAUUAAAUCUCUUGAACAGGAAGGAGUACGAGUAUGACCUCAGCUAAUAUUAAACAUCAGAGAACUGGGGAUGGGAGGAGUUACAAGUGCUUUGAUGAAAGAAGGAAGCAAGCUAAUAUUGGUACUUACCUUUUUAUUUGAUAUCAGAAAUCCAGUUAGAAAGCAAAAUCCUGUAAAGUCAGACUUUAUUCUUCCUCUUCAGUUGGUUGCUUCUUUUUGAGGUGGUAAGAAUUAGUGAAGUGAUUCUUUCCUCAUCUGCUUUUGUGUAAGAAUUAGCAACAACUGAAAAAUAUCUGUUGGUAAUUUUUCUUUCUGGUAGGCAUUUGAUGUUGAGGAAUAAGAGACUCACAGUAUGAGGUUCCAGAGCAGUUUGCACGUUUCUCUUCGUCUUCAGUGACAUUGAAGGAAAGGUGCUGUCAUGGAUACUGGGAGAAAGUGAUUGGAUUGUCAUCUUUGUUCUUUUGCUCUUGCUCUUACUUUCAGGAAUUUGAAUUUUGUGAGAAGGCCAUAAUUGUAAUGAACACUCCCAGCAUUGACUUUAUUGUGCAGAGAACCCAUCAUCAGGCUUCAACAGUGUAGGAGUGGUGCUAAUUUCAUGAGGUGUGGCUACAAACACCCACUCACCAGUUUAGUUUUGCACAAUGGGUAUCUCCAGUUUGGUUUUCCAGGAUGUGUGCUGAGGAGUGAAAGAGAGGAGAUGAUUAACAUUGAUGAGUCUAAUAAAAUGCAUUCCUGUUACAAUGGCAGCAGCCAGAAUGUGGUGCUUGAGGAAGUGGCAGCGAGUGGUAACUGCUCUGUGAGGCUGUGAAACACGGGCCAGCCUAGAGUCACUUCUGGGUCCAUAUACUUGUGUGAAGUUUUAUGGCCUUGAGAAUCUGCAGGUUUUUCUAAUGUUGUUGGUAUUAUUUAGCUUUUCAUGUGGGUUACCAGUACCAAAGCAUUAUUAGCUUUAUUUGUUAUAGAAAAUUCAGAGUUAAAUGCAACAAAUAUGUGAGGGAAAGUUGAAGUGUUAAGGUGGGAAGAAGUCGAACAAAAGCAGCUGAACCAAUUCUAAUAGUAAAUGAAUGCCAAAUAGGGAAGCUGUCGCUCUUUCUCUCUUCCUGCACAAGUGUCCUGCCCUGUGCAUCAGGUUGGUUCUUGUGCCAAACCCCACAGUGUCAGGUUAGUAGUCAGCUCACUGGGAAGCAGAAAGAUUUCUAGUUUUGAGGUUUUGUGUGUGUUGGGGGUGGUAAUGUUUGUGUUAUGUGUCUUUCACGUCUGUCCUUCUCUGCUCUUAGUUUAUUUUUUAGUCAUGUUUAUGAGUUGAAUUGACUUUCUGGAGAAGCCAAAUGCACCCCAGAAAUGGCUCAAAGUAGGCAGCAGGAGCUCAGGUCCUGGAAUGUGACAGAGAAGCAGAAUAGAGCGUUAUGUGAUCCUUUGAUGAAUUGUUGAUUGGUUCAAGCUGUGUUGUGCAACUAUGCCCUACCUAAACCCAAGAAAAUUGAGCAACAUUUUGAGAAGUUUCUGGAUUCUGAAUAGGUUUUUAUUUUGAUCAUUAAAUCGAUUUUAACAGGGUAGGAUCCUGCUACUCUUAGAUGGUUUUUUUAUUUGCAGUUCAAUUAUAGCUUGUGUAUAAGUAACACUGUAUCUGCAAAUGCUUAAUGAGCAAUUAGGCUUCACUAAGCCAACUAUACAGAAUAUUAUUUUUUGUGACCUAUUCUUGCCACUGCUUCUUGUUGCCUUAGUAUUUCGCACUUCAUAGAUCUCAUAACUUAAUAUUAAUCACUAUAGUAAGAAAUGGGAGAAAACAUGAUGGGACUGUGUUUUUACAGGAGAAGUGAAGCACACAAUCUCGGAUAGUAACUGUGAAAAUGUUCAUUUUCCUACAAAUAGCUUUUGAGUAAAUUGACAUAGAUUUUAAAACAUAAUAAUUUUUUUUUUUAGAUCAUACCAUGUACAGAUCUACUAAAGCUUGUUUCUGAAGUUAAGGAAGUUUGGCUUCCUUUUUGAGACCUUUGAUAUUCAAGAGUGGGUGUUUUAUUGCUCCCCUGAGAUAAAUUCUUUAGAAAAAUUGACAGGGGGGAGAUGAAAAAAACCAUGACAACCUUUUUAGUUCAUUGUAUGACCAUGAAUUAACUUAGAGUUAAGGAAUAAUUUUGACGGUAUUGCAUAGUUAUUUUUUGUUCAUUACCCUGUCUUUAAAAUGAGAAUAUUUGGUUUGGGGAGAAAUAUUUAAAGUUUGUGUUUAAGUUAUUUCCUAAGUUGAUUUUUCAGCUGGAGAGAAAAAGAAAGAAUGAUGAAGAUUUUUAAGUCCUAAUCAAAGCAAUCUCAGUUAGGAUUUAUCUGGUCAGGAAGGGCUUGUAAUAUGUUAUUAGAAAUUAUGAUUUAUUUUUAUUUUUAUUUAUUUUUUUUUCUUCCCCCCAGGUGAUUCAUGGCAGGGGACGUGGAAGGGUUUAGCUCCUCCAUCCAUGACACCAGUGUCUCUGCAGGAUUCAGAGCACUGUAUGAGGAGGGAUUGCUUCUUGAUGUCACCCUUGUCAUUGAAGACCACCAAUUUCAGGCCCAUAAAGCACUGCUUGCCACCCAGAGUGAUUACUUCAGGAUUAUGUUCACAGCAGACAUGCGAGAACGAGAUCAGGACAAAAUCCAUUUGAAAGGCCUGACAGCUACAGGCUUCAGUCAUGUCCUCCAAUUCAUGUACUAUGGAACUAUUGAACUGAGUAUGAACACUGUUCAUGAAAUCCUUCAGGCUGCCAUGUAUGUCCAGCUUAUAGAAGUGGUAAAGUUUUGCUGCUCUUUUCUCUUAGCUAAAAUCUGCUUAGAAAACUGUGCAGAAAUUAUGAGACUUCUGGAUGAUUUUGGUGUAAACAUCGAAGGAGUCAGGGAAAAAUUGGAUUCCUUUCUGCUAGAGAAUUUUGUGCCACUCAUGUCCAGACCUGACUUUCUUUCAUAUCUGAGCUUUGAGAAGCUCAUGUCUUACUUGGAUAAUGAUCAUCUGAGCAGAUUUCCAGAGAUAGAGCUGUAUGAAGCUGUUCAGGCCUGGCUACGCCAUGAUAGAAGACGCUGGAGACAUACGGACACCAUCAUUCAGAACAUCAGGUUUUGUUUGAUGACACCCUCCAGUGUUUUUGAGAAGGUAAAAACAUCAGAGUUUUAUCGCUACUCCCGGCAGCUGCGACAUGAGGUUGACCAAGCCAUGAAUUACUUUCAUAGCGUUCACCAACAGCCUUUGAUGGAAAUGAAAUCGAACAAAAUUCGUUCUGCCAAACCCCAGACUGCAGUAUUUAGAGGAAUGAUAGGACACAGUAUGGUAAACAGCAAAAUUCUUCUCCUGCACAAACCGAGGGUCUGGUGGGAGCUAGAGGGUCCUCAAGUACCUUUACGACCAGACUGCCUUGCUAUUGUAAAUAACUUCGUGUUCUUACUAGGUGGGGAAGAACUGGGGCCAGAUGGUGAGUUCCAUGCUUCAUCCAAAGUGUUUAGGUAUGACCCAAGACAGAACACUUGGUUACGAAUGGCAGACAUGUCUGUGCCACGUUCUGAGUUUGCUGUUGGAGUGAUUGGCAGGUAUGUUUAUGCCGUGGCUGGGAGAACCAGGGAUGAGACGUUUUACUCAACUGAACGGUAUGAUAUCACUGAAGAUAAAUGGGAAUUUGUGGAUCCCUAUCCUGUCAAUAAGUAUGGACAUGAAGGGACUGUGCUUGGUAACAAGCUGUAUAUCACUGGUGGAAUUACAUCAUCCUCAACUUCUAAGCAAGUGUGUGUGUUUGAUCCCAGUAAAGAAGGGACAGUAGAGCAGCGAACACGGAGAACUCAAGUGGUCACUAACUGUUGGGAGAACAAAUGCAAAAUGAAUUAUGCAAGAUGCUUUCACAAAAUGAUUUCUUAUAAUGGUAAGCUUUAUGUCUUUGGUGGUGUCUGUGUGAUCCUGAGAGCCUCCUUUGAAUCUCAAGGAUGUCCAUCUACAGAGGUUUAUGACCCUGAUACUGAUCAAUGGACUAUAUUGGCUUCUAUGCCAAUAGGUAGGAGUGGUCAUGGUGUAGCUGUUCUGGACAAACAGAUAAUGGUUCUUGGAGGCCUUUGUUACAAUGGUCAUUACAGUGAUUCAAUUCUCACUUUUGAUCCAGAGGAAAACAAAUGGAAAGAAGAUGAAUAUCCAAGGAUGCCGUGCAAGCUGGAUGGCUUACAGGUCUGCAGCCUGCACUUUCCUGAGUAUGUUUUGGAGCAUGUUAGACGUUGCAGCUAAAAGAGAAUGAACAACCCAAUCAAAUAUAAAAAGCUAUACUGAAAAAAAUUACAAACCAGUUGAAUUCCUGCAGAGACAUUUUCUUGUGUAUAAGAACAACAGCUAAAUGCUCAAGAGAAACAGGAUGUAUGGGGAGUGUACUUACCAAGUUUAUUAGAAAAGGUGAUAGUUGGUCUGACCUUGUGAAAGCUUUGUUAUUUUUUUUUAACAAACAUAAUUGUAAGUAUGAGAAAAAAAA